AUGAGUUCAUCUGAUUCGUUUAUUGAAUUUUAUGAAUGUUUGAUUUGUUCCGAAAUUGUACAAAAUAAUCGAGAAUGUAAAAAUUGUCAUAAAUUAUUUUGUUUGGAUUGCAUUAUGAAGUGGUUAAAAGUUCAUGAGAAUUGUCCUCAUUGCAAUCAUUCUCCAGUUGCUUGCAAGAGCGCAGAGGACAACAGUGCCUUCAUUCACAACCAUCAUUCCGAAAUGAUUGCAAACUCCAUUACUGUACCCUGUCCCAAUGCAGAUUGUGGGUGCGACAUUAAAAAGAUUGCUCGAGGAGAUUUGGCAUUACAUUUGGAAAAGUUCUGUACGGGUCGAACAGUGCCAUGUAAGCAUGCCAAAUAUGGAUGUGAAUGGAGUGGUCAAUAUUUGAAAUUGGACGAGCAUUUGAGAGAAGAGUGUCCAUUUUCAAAAGAAAUUAUUUUAAAAGCGUUGGAAAAAUUGGAAACAAACAUUUCUGAAUUGACUCGUGAGAAUGAACAAUUACGUUCUGAAAAAGCAAGUAGUGAAGAAAAGAUUAAGGCGCUGGAAGAGAAAGGACUUUUGAAUAACAGUGGUAUACCAAUGAAUCAAUCCACCACAGUCAUGGUCAAUGGUGUCACAACUUUGGGAAAUGACAUUACACGAACUGCAACAGCUCCCAUGCAAAUUCCAGAUUCUUCUCUUCCACCAUGGGCUCAACCCAAUUUUUACUCUUCCUUUAAUCCUUCCUAUAGUGGAACGACCUCGUUUUAUAAUAGUGCUGGAGUGUCGUCUUCUGUUUAUCCUCCUCCACCUUCAGGUGUUCCAAUGACGAGUAGUAGUAGCAUGUAUUCCUCCAUGAUGUCUUCAUCCAUGAGUUAUAACCCACCACUCAUGACUUCUUCGUCAUUUAUGAAUGGUAGUACCAUGUCCACCAUGCCCAUUCACACGGUAGAGUGUGGUAUUUGUAAAAAGACCAACUUUUCUGGAGUCUUGUAUCAGUGCACUUCAUGUAUUAAUUUUUCCAUUUGUUCGGCUUGUUACAGUACCUUACAAAUAACUCAAACUCAUGAUAGAAUGCAUACUUUUUUACCCCUUAGAAAAGUUCGAGGUAAGAUAAGUGGAGUGACAUGGCUUCGACUUGCCACCUGUGGAAGUUCUGUUUCAUUACCUCUUGCUGAUAAUGAUAAUCAAGAUUUGGAGUUUUAUGUGAAUGAACGGACAGGAGCAAUCACACCAUUCAUGCCAAUUGGAGUACCCAAUGCGAAAAGCAUUUCUGGAUCAUGGACCUCUGUAUCACUUCAUUUAGCCAUCUAUUGGCCCAACACAACAAGAGCCAUCGUGAUGGAAGGAAAUGUUGGAACCUUGCCAACAAUGAGUUGCACUUUACAAGGCUCAACGCUCAAAUUUACUGUAAAAGCUUCAGGAAUGGGUGGCAGAGGAGUUGCCGGUGAUGGAGGAUACUUGACAUUGACAUUGUCAGUGAGCUAG